CAUUUGUGGAUGUCCCUGAGUCAUCUGGGAGCGGGGUUGCAGCACCACUGUUCUCUUGGGUUGCCAUUGUUGAAGCCUCUUUACGAACUGCAUCACCGAGGAUGGUCUUGAUGUUCUUGUUGCGCCGUUGAUUUGGCUUCCAUGUUUGACUGCGGAAAGGCUUAGGGAUUGAGUGGAUAUCGAGUUGGGCGAUGAGUGCCUGAUGGGCUUCGGAUUCGGGAGUUGGAGGCGCCAUUCUCAUCUACUUUCAGUCGUGGUUUGUUGAGGGGAUGUGUCUGUCGGGUCGUUGUGAUGACAUACAGUAGCAGGACGAGGCAGGGUUUACAGGGAGAGCUUGCUGAGCUACAGCCCGAAAGGCUUGGCGAGGAUCGUGGGUUUGUAUGAGUACGAGUACUCCAGCGGUUUUCCCCUCAAUUAACGCGUCAAACUACUUUGUUCAAGUAUCGCAACCACAAAUCCACACAACCAAGCAAGAUGGUAAGAGACUACAUGCAUAUCAUGUUUUGCUAUUGCUAAUCUUGAAAUAGGAAAGUCCUCAUGAACACCAGCAGAACUUACUGCUUUCUCGCAUCAUAACAAAUGUUGUAAGUCAUAAUAUUUACUAACACCAGGUCUUCAAAAACAUCUCCCAUUAACAUGUUGCUAGGAGAAACUCAAUGAAGCAAUUAUGCUUCUAAACAAGAGCCUUCAGGUAUGUGUGGAAACUACUAUUCUACUUCUUUGAAAGAGGCUAUAUUCUGACUAUGUGCAGGAUAUCAACAUCCAAAACAUGAACGUGGAGUUGGUCGCUCAGAUGUUCAAGAACUAUCAGUCAAAUGUGCUCUUUCAUCUGGAAGGCAAGCCAAAUGUGAUCUCAGAGUCCACGAGUAAUUUAGCUAACGUUUACUAG